CAGCAGCCUAGCAAAAGGCGCAUAGUGUAAAACCGCUCCAGAGCAGAGGAGAGAGAGAGCGAGAGAGAGAGAGAGUGAGAGAGAGAGAGAGGCUCAGAUUUCAGCGCACGCACUGACGGCUGAUCGGCCAGUACACAGGGACAGAGAGAGAGAGAGCUGCAGCUACACCGCUCGGACAGCACCAUCAGAUGGCUCGGCUGAAACUUGGUGCAAAGUGAAGUUGAGAGUUGACUUGGGUUUUGUUAUUCUCGGUUUUGUUGCUUAACCGACUUGAACGAUGCCAAACACCACAGGAAUGAGUCGUGUUUUGAUUUUGUUAUAAAUACUUAUUUGAGAAUAUCAAGCAAGAAAAAGUUUGGAAGGAGGACAGCUGCAAGACCUUAAGUAGCCUACCAAAAGUGGUCUUUUUUUUAUCUUCUUGAUUCAUAUUUGGAUUUCAUUGUGGGGGAAAAAACAUAUUAAAGUUAAAGUAGGUCUGCAUGAAAAAUGGAAGAGGAACAACAGUGGAGAGCUACCGGUCACCCCAAAGUGCGGAGGACUUGUGACGACAAGGACGCUUGCAAGAAGCCGCUUUGGAGAAACUUUGGAGAUUUUGCCGGCCUGACAAUUUGUAUAAUUUUAAGCCUCUUGUCUCUGGGAGUUUGCGUGGCGGUCUUUCUGCGGACGUCGGAAUUGCAGUCACGGAUAUUCAGCCUGGAGCAGCAGCGGGACUCGCAGGUCACCGCAUGGAUGUCCUCGGAGCAGGUGGAACCCGUUAUCCUUGCCCGUCUUGACCGGAUUCUGGAAGAGAAACUCGCAGCUCGGCUGCCCAAGACACGGCAGGCCCGCGAUGUGCCCCACAACUGCCUCUGUCCUCCAGGGUCGACGGGAAAGAGAGGUCGCAGUGGUGCUCCAGGACCUCCAGGUCCUCCGGGACGAGCAGGCUUUCCGGGUGACAAGGGAGGUCUGGGAAUACCUGGACGGAUGGGCUUAAAAGGACACGGAGGGGAGAAGGGUGCACCGGGCGAGCCUGGGCUGUCCAUCAUCGGGCCGAGGGGACCUCCUGGCCAGCCAGGCACCCGCGGGUUCCCAGGGUUUCCAGGUCCAAUCGGGUUGGAUGGCAAGACUGGACAGAAUGGACAGAAGGGUGACAUGGGUCAGAAAGGACUGACGGGGCUCCCAGGUGACCAUGGACCUAAAGGAGAGAAGGGUGUCUGCGGAGACUACUCACACAGGAUGUUGCCCAUCACUGUGCGCAACAUGCCGUCCAUAAGCCCUCUAAUCCUAAAGCGUCUGAAGCAGGGCGAGACCGGAGCCCAGGGCCCCCCGGGACCUCCCGGGCCUCCCGGGAACCCCGGCCUGAGCGGAGUCAGCGGCCCACCGGGAAAACCUGGCGAAGCCGGGAAGCCAGGGAAAGAUCCAAGGUUAAUACCAGGAAUGAAGGGUGAAGCAGGAGUACCAGGGCAAAAGGGUGACCAAGGAGUCGUUGGCCCGGCCGGUCCUCAAGGCCUACAGGGAUUAAAGGGAGAUCAAGGCAUCCAGGGACGAGCGGGAGAAAAGGGUAUCCCUGGAGGGAAGGGAGAGCAGGGUGAAUCAGGCUUUCCUGGUGUUCCUGGGCAAAAGGGACAAGUUGGCAUGUCCGGCAUCCCUGGUAUUCCCGGAAUCCCAGGGAAACGGGGUUACAGGGGCGAGGCGAGCUCUGCUGGUAAAGGGAUUAAAGGAGAACCCGGAACUCCAGGAAUAAAUGGUCUAUCGGGGUCCAAGGGCGACAAAGGAGACCAAGGCAUUAAGGGGGAGACAGGAGCUGAAGGCCCAUUGGGACCAAGAGGUCCCUCAGGCCCAAUUGGAGAGCCCGGGAAGUCAGAAAUCCAGAACAACGACAACGAUAUCCGCAACAUCCCCCUAAUGGGCCCGCCCGGACUUCCUGGACCCCCUGGGACACCAGGAAACAAGGGGGACGUUGGCCUGCCUGGAGCCCCGGGACACGACGGAGAGAAGGGUCCCCGGGGGAAGACAGGAGAGUCGGGACCAACAGGCCCGGCCGGCCCAGAGGGUCCCAGGGGGGAGAGCGGUGUCGCAGGCUUCUCAGGAAUCAAGGGAGACAAGGGCGACAUGGGUCUCUCUGGAUCGCCUGGGUUAGACGGCCCUACGGGGGAGAAGGGCGUGGCCGGAGCCUCAGGCUCCAUUGGACUACCAGGCGCUAUGGGGCCCAAAGGAGAGCCAGGGGACGGAGGAAGGGCAGAGCUGAUCUUUGGGCCACCUGGGCCACCCGGACCAGUGGGUCCAGCAGGGCCUCAAGGACAUUCGGGGCCUAAGGGAGAGCCGGGCAUUGGAAUGAGAGGGGAGAAGGGAGCUUCUGGUCUGAAAGGAGACAGGGGUGACCGUGGCCAUCUUGGACUUCCCGGUGCUCAUGGGUUAGACGGCAGAUCGGGUCCAGUGGGUCUUAUAGGACCGUCAGGUGUGCCAGGGCCAGCAGGACCAAAGGGAGAGAGAGGAGUAAAGGGAGAUGGAGGUGUACCGGGACCAAUCGGAGCUCAAGGCCUCCCUGGUUUAGUAGGACCACUGGGACCCAAAGGAAACCGGGGAGAGAGGGGCAAGAAGGGCAUCAGGGGCCCCAAGGGGCAUAGGGGAGACCAAGGAGCGCCAGGAUUAGAUGCCCCCUGUCCGUUGGGAGACGACGGCUUACCUGUACCGGGCUGCUGGAACAAAUGACCCUAACCUGGGAAUGGCAUGUGUUAUUGUAAAUAGAAUAUUUAUUUUUUUACACACUUACCUGCUCUGUAAUACUGAUGAAAAACAUUUUUGAAAAUGCUUUUAAAAAAAAAAAGGAAAAAAAGGGAAGAAACGAUAUGGCUUUUGUACAGAAUGUUUAUUUUCUAAAAACGUAUGAAAAUGUAUUAUGUAUUACAUUUUUAUACCUAUGCAUUAUUUUAAUAUGGUCAGAUAGGAAAGAAAACGUGUCUACAUGUGCAUGAUAUUUGUGCAUAAUGUGAAGUGGAAAUUGCCUAUUAACUUAUUGUAUCCUGGUGUUGUGUUACGAUGGACCACGCUGCACUGAUUUGUGGAGCUGGAUAGUUUGUUAGCCUUUAAAGAUUCUUCGUCUCACGCUCCUAUUUGUCAAAGGCGUGUUUGGUUUUGGUUCCUAAUCUGGAAUUGAAUAGGACUGCAAGUUCAGUGGUUAUUAUGGUGAGCAUACGGCAGUGACAGACAGCACUGUUUCAAGUCUGCACUUUUACCUUUGGUCAUGAGCUCAAUUGGUAAACAUGAUGCUACACAUUAAAAGCCUUAAUCCUGGAUGAAAUGUCGGACGGUCAGCCAAAUAAUCCCUACACUACAAAACAAACACCAGAUCUAUUUCAAUUUUGAAAUCAAGUCCACAUUACUAAAAAUAAUGCUGUAGACUUCUCAUUUGUAAAGUACCCUUUACGAAACUCAACUUACACAGCCAGUAAACCGAACUUUAGUAAAGUUGAAUAUGAUGAAGUAGUUUGUAAUCAUUGGGAGACAGCAUUGUAGUAUGUAUGUCUUUUUGGUAGAGUUAUUCUUAACUGUUCCACAAUUGGUAACUUCUAUUUCGAGCAUCCAGAAUGAUAAACCAUAUGCUUAUAAGAUACCAAACUCUAUCAGUGAGUACAUAUCUUAAAAUUAGAAAAGACAUGAGGAAAGGAGAAAAACAAAACAUGACAAAUUUGAAGUUAGGAAAUCUAAACCAUACUUUAAACAUGUUGUUUGGCAGCCAGAAACUAACAACAUAUGCAAACAAAUCUUAUCUUCUAGAUUCUCCUCAUCGAUUACUUUGCUGUGAGAAAUUUCUCCUAGUAAACAUGUAAAUAGCUUUAAAAGUCAAAGAGAGACACCUCUUUGACAAUGCGUGUGUAGAAUUUAGUUUGGGUGUUUUUCAUUGUUUUUCGGAUGUCUUGUAUUGAUCGGCUGUCUCUUCUGGUCUGUGGAACAGUGUAGAGUUCAUUCAUGUUUUUUGUCGGAUUGACGUUUUGCUGCUGACCCGUCCAAGGCGAGCCUCUGCCAAGCCUCUGAUACUCUCCUCUCCAUCUGAACCACAUAUCUAUGUAUUACCGACUUCCACUGUUCCUUUCCUAGGAAUUAUUGAUCCAUAUUAUCGGCCGCUGUUCUCAGUAAGCUAACCUCGGUAAAUGUUAUGGCCAAAAAUCAGUGUUGCCAAAAAAAGAUGGACAGGAACGAGACCAGCGUUGAGCUGGAUCCAUUUUAUGCUGCUCGUAUGUUAAAAAUAUAUAUUUGUGUUUUGGCUUUGCUUUUGGGGCUUUUUAUGUCGUUGUUGUUUUAGCCACAAGAGAUUAUGCUAUGCCACCAUUUGCUUCUUCGCUCUACAAUACCUCGUAUUAACUUAUGCCAUAGACACACGCUGGUCUCGGUUAUUGUUGUCUUAACAGUGUAUUGUCAAGCUAUGUUUUAUAAUAAUGUACAAUGUGUUGAUUGUGUACAAAAUGACAAUCUGAAUUAAACUUACCUUUUUAAGGAUU